CCAAGCACCAAACCAAAACCCCCAAAACCCUGUUGUAAUUUUACUCUAUUUUGAUUUGAUAUUCUUUUCUCUCUCUCUCACGCACACAGUGAGGGAGUGAGUGUACUUGUACUCUGCUGCUGUCUCUCCUCAGAGACUGUGUCAAAUCUCUCUCUCUCUCUCUCCAAAAAAUAGAGCAUAAAGGAGAAGGGCCGGCUGUUGCACUUUGCAGUGCUGAGUUCUCAGAGAGAAAGAGAUACAUAGACAGAGAAAGUGAGAAAGAAGGGUAGAUAUAGAGAGAGAGAGAGAGAGGACAAGGGUGGUGAAGGAUUUAAAAGGGAAGAAAAUGCAGCAGCACCUGAUGCAGAUGCAGCCCAUGAUGGCAGCCUACUAUCCCAACAACGUUACUACUGAUCACAUCCAACAGUAUCUGGAUGAGAACAAAUCAUUGAUUCUAAAAAUUGUUGAGAGCCAAAAUUCAGGGAAACUAAGCGAGUGUGCAGAGAACCAAGCUAGGCUUCAGCGAAACCUUAUGUACCUAGCUGCAAUCGCUGAUUCUCAGCCUCAACCUCCAACCAUGCAGAUCCCUCCCAGUGGGAUUAUGCAGCCAGGAUCUCACUACUUGCAGCACCAGCAAGCUCAACAGAUGACUCCCCAGGCACUCAUGGCUGCACGGUCAUCUGCUCUCUACAGCCAACAACAGUAUCUUGCGCUGCAACAGCAGCAAGCCUUGCACAGCCAGCUGGGCAUGAGUUCUGGCGGAAGCAGCGGUCUCCACAUGAUGCAGCAAAGCGAGGCUAAUAGUUCUGGAAGCACCGGUGGGGGCCUUGGAGGUGGAGGAGGGUUUCCCAUUUUUGGCCUCGUCACUGGAGGCGGUGGAUCCAAGCAAGAAAUGGGUUCUGGUGAAGGGCGAGGAGGGAGCUCCGGAGGCCAUGGUGGUGAGGGGAGCGAUUACCUGAAGGCGGGUGAAGAUGGUAACUGAGAGGAGGUAAGAGUAUGUUGUUGUAGUGAAUCUGUUUAACUUCUGCACUGUCGUAGGAAAGCUUAGGUAGGGUUCAGUAGUUAAAAUAACGGUGGAACGUUGAUCUGUUAUCUAAUGAAAACUGCGAGGAUUUAUUUUGAAGUUUCAAGGAAA